CUUCAGAGGACUGUUUUCACACUCAAGCUAAAAACUGUUUGUUUUUUAGCUGCCUUUAUUUACAGUGAGCCAGGAUAAGGAAUACUAAAAUAGAGUUGGACAUCAAUUCAUCAAACAUGAUCCCACUUCAUCAGACGACCAGCAGAAGAAGGUUGGACCAUAAGCGGGAGGCAAUCUGCAUUUUUGGCACUGGGGACUUCGGCCGAUCUUUGGGUAUGAGGCUGCUCAAGUCAGGGUACCCAGUGAUAUAUGGCAGUCGAAACCCAAAAAAUUCCACCCUACUACCAAGUGGAGCUCAAGUCACUACCCAUGCUGAAGCCCUGAAAGAAUCUAAGAUCAUUUUCCUGGCAGUUCACAGGGAGAACUAUGAUUUUCUCCCAGCUCUGUCCAAUUUAUUAGAUGAUAAAGUGCUGGUGGACGUGAGCAACAACCUCAAAGUGAAUCAGUACCCUGAGUCCAAUGCUCAGUAUCUUUCUCAGCUGGUCCCCAAAGCAAUUGUGGUGAAGGGAUUUAACACAGUUUCAGCCUGGGCCCUUCAGUCAGGCAGCCUGGAUGCCAACAGUCAGGUCUUUAUCUGUGGCGACGACACUAAAUCCAAACAGCAGGUGAUGGAUGUUGCCAGGAGUCUAGGCCUCACUCCUUUAGACCAGGGAUCUCUUCUAGCAGCUGAAGAAGUGGAGAAAUAUCCACUGCAGCUCUUUCCAAUGUGGAGAUUACCAUUUAUUAUAACAGCUGGUCUCACAAUAUUCUUCUUCUUAUAUUGUGUGGUGAUUAAAGUGAUCUAUCCCUAUGUGGAAAAGGAUAAGGAUAAUUCCUAUCUGUUGAUGGUUUCCAUACCCAAUACGAUUUUUCCAGUUGUCUCUCUCAUUCUCCUUGGGCUGGUUUACUUGCCAGGUGUGAUUGCUGCAUUCCUCCAGCUCUACAGAGGGACAAAGUACAAGAGGUUUCCUGAGUGGCUUGACAAGUGGAUGCUGUGCCGAAAACAACUCGGACUUGUGGCAUUUGCAUACGGUUUUCUUCACGUAUUCUAUUCAUUGAUCGCAUCACUUAGGUACUCAGUUUACUGGAGCUAUGUUAAAUACGCUGCAGAAGAGGUGAAAAAGAACUCAUCCUCAGAACUUAAGAUGGUCUGGAGUUGGCGAAGUGAUGCAUUUUAUGCAUCUGGAAUCCUGGGCUUUUCAAUCUUCUUUUUGCUUGGAAUAACCUCUCUACCAUCUGUGAGCAACACUAUGAACUGGAGAGAAUUCAGAUUUGUUCAGUCGAAGCUGGGUCAUGUCACAUUGUUGCUGUGCACGUUGCAUACCGCUUUACUCGGGUGGAAUAAAUUUCUCUAUCCCUCACGCUACAGGUGGGGACUUCCACCAACAUAUCUCCUGUCCAUGGUGAUUCCAUGUAUUGUGCUGACUCUAAAGCUAGUUCUCAUAAUUCCAUGUGUAGACAGAAUGGUCAACAGAAUCCGGCAAGGUUGGGAAAGGAAAAAAAACGGCCCAAGUGAUCUCAAUAUUUGAACCAAAUAUUUCACCAGAAUAAGAUGCUUUGUAAACACAUGAUGUCUUUUCUUGAAUGAAUCUUCAAACAGUAGAAUCAGAUACUUCCAAUCUCUUGGAAUAAGUGCAUUUAUAAUGUUAUGAUGUGAAUAAUUGAACUUUUUUUCCCUGAGGUUGGCCUCUCCCCAGUGUUCCAUGCCCUCUUCCACACAAAUGGUCCUCAGUCUAUUCCAAAAAGCUGACUUCACUGGUCCAAGUGAACCCGAAUGAUAUUAGGCCCUCAAACAACAUCAUGGAGUGACGUGGCCAGGCUAGAACAAACUGUGGUUGUGAGAAAUUCUAUUCCCUCAGUCUGACCCUCCUCUAUUAGCUUUGUUAGCUGUCAGAGUUUGGUCAGAAAUCCUGAUUGUCUCCAAUAUUCAGAAAUGUCUAUCAAUGAUUAAAUGCAAAAUAAAUCACUUAUAACAAACCUUCAAAGAAUUAAAAACAUUGCAAAACACAAAUGAUUUUAAAAAAUAGUGUGUUGCCUUAUACCUUCUUUCCUUCCUUCCCACCCUACAAUCCCCAUUAAAGUGAAAGGUCGCAUUGAUCCAGCAAUAGAUCUUGGUGCAGCGGAUUCCUCUGAGUUAAUGCUGGGGAGUCUCAGCAAGGUUCUGCCUUACUGUUGGACUCCAAUGGAAUUCAGGGUGACCAGUGUUGGACUGCAGCUGGAGAACGGCCAGCAGCACAUGGUCAGGUUCCGCAAAAUGUAAGUAUCACAACUUGGAGGUACUUACUGAGAAAUACUGGAAAUGCUACACAAAAUCGAGCAAUAACUGGAACAAAGAGUUUCUCAAACCUCUAAGAUCAGUGAAGUGAAGACCUAUACUGAGCAUUCCCAACCAGGUUGGGAAUCACAAAAUAAUUUGGAUCCUUGUUGAAAUUUAUUCUCCAUCUCCCAGCGGGAUUGCUGCAGCAGGGAACGAAGUGUGGGAUGUGGAUAGGGCUGAGAAAGGAAUUAUUGGAAACUGGGAGCUCACAGGGUUGAAGAGUAAGGAAGAUCCUGGUAUUUGGCCAUAGAGCCAUAGAAUUCUAGAGUUAUACAACACAUUAAUGCCCCUCAGCCCAACCUGUCCAUACCAAUCAGGGUGCCUGCCUAAGCUGGUCCUAUUUGUCGGCCUCUAUCAUUUACCCCUCAAAAAUGUUCCUAUUCAAAGUACUUGUCUAAGUAGCUUUUAAACAUUUUAAGUUUACCUGCUUCUACCACUUCUUCUGGCAGCUCAUUCCACAUACCAACCUCUCUGUGAAAAAACUUGGUGGUCAAAUCCCCUUUAAAUUAUUACACUCUCACCUCUGGUCUAUGCCUGCUAGUUCUAGACUCUCUUACCCUGGUAAAAUGCCUGUGAGCACCCUCUUAUCUAUGCCCUUCAUGACUGUUAAAUACUCUUCUGCACUCCUGGGAAUACAGCCCCUAGCGAGCUAAUCCCUAUAACUCAAGCCAAUCAGUCCCAUAAUAUCAUAGUGAACAUUUUCUGCAGUUUUUCUAGUUUAAUAAAGCUAUGUGAUUAUAACUGCACACAAUACAUUAUGGUUCAUCAUAGACUGGCAACAGAUCAGAUGGAAAGAUAGAGACUGGAUCAGGAUGAUAAUGACCUUAUUUACAAGUUGAGUUGAGGGGACUUGGAUGAUUGCUAGGGGAAGAGACACGGAUCUUGAUUGGUGGAUUUGUAGUGCUAAGAAAGCAGUUCUUGCUGCUCCUGGUCUACAACCUGCAAUGGCACUUGCCUCUUGGAUCAGUCAGAUCUCACCACAUUUCCAUUUUCCCAGCCUGACUAAGCUGCUCACAUUUAGGAAAUGCCAACAAGUCCAUGCAGGACUGUCAGCAAGAUCCAGCAGAAUCUAGGACAAGUUCGCAGCUAGUAAUCUGCCAGGUUCCGUAAAUCUGAGAAACAUACCCACAAUUACAUAUUGCAAUUCCUGGCCCAGCUCUCAAGAGCAUGUUAUUCCCCAACAUUUAUCAAAACAAAAGAAGGUUUUUGUUAUUUUCUCUAUUUAGACAAUUACUCGGAUGGGAAAAGUCUCAAGGUAUGAGGGCCACAGGAAGACAGAUUAGUCUAUUUUAGGUAGACACCUGGAUUGGCAUGGAUGAGUUGGCCAAAAGGCCUGUUUCCAUACUCUAUAACUCCAUGAUUCAAUGAUUCUAUGACCAAUCGUCUGUAUCUGACCUAUGUAUCAGUUGGAUUGGCACAACACGGUGGGCCAAAGGGUCUGUUCUGGUGCUGUACUGUUCUAUGGUCGAUGUUCUAGUCCUCUGAGCUCCCAAUCUCCCAUAAUUCUUUUUCUUGUCCUAUCCACAUUCUGGAUUUUGACUUUCACUGCAGCAUUCCAGCUGGAAGACAGAUAAGCUUCAAUGAAGAUCCAAACAAUUUUGUGAUUUCACUGUUGAACUAGCUGGGAAAGCUCAGUUUCAGACUUCACCAAUCUCAGAGGUUUGACCAGUAGGAGAAUAGGGUUCCAAUGUUAGUGUUUAACCCAAAACCAGCACAUCUCUCCCAUUCUUUCCAUAGGGAUAAAAUUAUCUGACUGCACCCACUUUCCUCGCUGUUAUGUAUAUUUGUGUUUACUAUCAACAAUUACAUCAUAUUCACAGUUUAAAUAAUGAAAUAAUUAAUUCUUACUAUGACACUGGUCUUAUUCUGGUGAAGCUACUCCAAAUGGACAAAUUGGUAACAGUUUAAAAUGGACAAUGACAACUCCGUCAUUGAAUUUCAAAAGUCAAAGACAAAGGAAAUUUACUAUCAAGGUAUAUAUAUAAGUCACCAUAUACUGUCUUGAGAGUCACUUUCUUAGAGGCAUUUACAGGAAAAUAAAGAAAUAUAAUAGAAUUUAUGAAAAACUAUACAUAAGUAAAGAAUGGCAAACCAUAAAAGAAAACAAAUUGUGCUAAUUAAAAUGUAAAAUAAAUAAAUGAUAUUGAGAACAUGGAUUCUGUUGGGAAUUUAAUAUCCAACACGACAGGUGAUGUUUGCAAAAUCACAGACUACCAGCUUUGCUUUCUGUCAUUUUGGUAGUUGCAUGAUCUGUUAGUAAUUCAGACGUUGCUUCAUUAUAGGGAUCAAUCUUCAUCUGUUAACAUAUGAUGUGUGAAGGGACUAAUCUGUUCUUGCCAUCUUUAUACAAUUGGGAAAAGUUAAAAUGAUUGCCCAAGUGCUUAUUGUUGUCAAUCACUGCCUCUCUCAAACUAAAAAAGGUUGCAAAGCCAUCUUGAUUCCAGAACAUUUGGUAUUUGUUGUGUCUGAGGUCCAACAGCAAGACCAGCACUUUAAAGAUGAGACUAAUGGCACCAGGGAGAUCUAAUGGCUGUGGUGAGUGGUUUUAUUGCUUCACAUAGACCUUCUCCAAAUCAUUUCUCCCUAUUUCACUUGCUCAAUAUUAAAUUUCAAUACCAAUUCUUGUAGUUGAGGGAUCCAUGAUCAGGAAGAAUAUUUCUUUUUAAAAAAUUCAUUAUUAUAUAAUAUAUAUACUAUGUAUACCCAGUUAAAUACAAUAUUAACAAUCUCUGAAAAUGAAAUUAUUACUAGUAUGAAAAAUAUGUAGAGUCAUGUUCGAUCUUCUUGCAUUCAUAAUUUGCCACGGAUUUUUCACUAGAAGUCUUAGGAGAGCCCUACUUAUCACAGCUCAGUGCAGUGCAUUUAGGAGUGGACUGGGGGGUAAAUAAUGGCUACAGUUCUACAGUUGGCAUCAACAACAGAUUUGAACUUUACAAUAUAGAGAAGAAGAAUAAAGGUGCCAUAACAUCUUGUGUGUUAUUCUAAUAAAUAAAAUGCAAUAGAAAAUAUGUAUUUACAAUAAAAUUAGUCGCUUAC